AGCUCCAGAACCAGAACCAGAACCAGAACCAGAACCAGAGCCAGAGCCAGAGCGCCAUGCUGCGUGUGCGGUGCCUGAGAGGAGGGAGCCGCGGAGCUGAAGCCGCUCAUCUGAUCGGUGCUGUGGUGGGUCGCGCGGUGUCGGGAUGGGUGUCGCGCACGUUCCGCAGCACCUCGAGUUCCGCCGCCGCGCUCCCGCUCACCGCAGACGAGCCGGUUACCGAGCAUACGCCCGAGGACUGCCCCGUGUGCGCACACAACGAGUGGGACCCGCUCGAGGAGGUGAUCGUAGGUAGAGCCGAGAAUGCCUGCGUCCCCCCAUUCACCGUGGAGGUCAAGGCCAACACCUAUGAGAAAUACUGGCCCUUCUACCAGCAGUUUGGGGGACAGACAUUCCCGAAGGACCACGUGAAGAAAGCAGUCUCUGAAAUCGAGGAAAUGUGCAAUAUUCUGCAGCAUGAGGGAGUUACAGUGAGACGACCGGAACCCAUCGACUGGUCAGUGGAGUAUAAAACCCCGGACUUCACCUCCACCGGCAUGUACGCAGCAAUGCCGAGAGAUAUCCUGAUCGUGGUGGGGAACGAGAUCAUCGAGGCCCCGAUGGCCUGGAGGGCCCGGUUCUUCGAGUACCGAGCAUAUCGGCCCCUCAUUAAGGAGUACUUCAGGCAAGGAGCCAAGUGGACCACUGCACCCAAACCCACCAUGAGUGACGAGCUGUACGAUCAGGAAUACCCCAUCCGCACCGUGGAGGACAGACAUAAGCUGGCCGCUCAGGGGAAGUUUGUCACCACUGAGUUCGAGCCGUGUUUCGACGCUGCAGACUUCAUCAGGGCCGGCACUGAUAUCUUUGUACAGAGGAGUCAGGUUACAAACUUCAUGGGCAUCGAGUGGAUGAGACGUCACCUCGCUCCCACCUACAAGAUCCACAUCAUCUCCUUCAAAGACCCCAACCCCAUGCACAUCGACGCCACCUUUAACAUCAUCGGCCCGGGGCUGGUGCUGUCGAACCCGGAUCGGCCCUGCAGGCAGAUCGAGAUGUUCAAGAAGGCCGGCUGGACUGUGGUGACUCCUCCAGCUCCUCUUAUUCCAGACAAUCAUCCGCUGUGGAUGUCGUCCAAAUGGCUCUCGAUGAACGUGUUGAUGCUGGAUGAGAAGCGUGUGAUGGUGGACGCUAACGAGACGAACAUACAGAAGAUGUUUGAAAGUCUGGGUAUUCAGACCAUUCGAGUCAGCAUCCGGCACGCUAACUCGCUGGGAGGAGGCUUUCACUGCUGGACGACGGAUGUGCGCCGCCGCGGGACGCUCCAGUCGUACUUCCUCUAGCCUGCCAGAGACACGCAGUGCUUACUGAGCUCAGAUCAGCAUGCUUUGAUCGCGCCGUGCAUGUCAGGGCUUUUGCAAACGCCACAGAUGAACGUGAUGAAUACAAGCCUCAGUGAUCUCAAUAACGACUGCAUCUCUGGCCGGCUGUUGUAGGAAUGACUCCAGUGAAGCAGACAGAGCCCCCCCCACGCCACCACGACCACAGAAGAAGAGUUUCUACCUCCUGUUUACCAAAACCACUAAAAAACAUAGCGUAUUUUGAAUUGUAAUGACUUCUUAUAUAAUGCAUUUUAAUUAUAGAUCUUUUUUUUUACCCUACAUGUGAUGUGCCAAGUGUUGAUUUGUAAACUCAGGUAUUUUUGUAGCCAUACUUUGUAAGCAUUUCAUAGAAAUGUAAAUAUCUAUAUGCAUUUUAGUGGCAUAUACUUUCCCUUCACACGAGUGUUUUCUAGCCUCGGCCUCUGAUGUCGUUCUCUGUAGCAGGAGUGCUGUGCUUCUCUAGUUAAACAUGUUGGGUGCGAUGAUCGUGUGUCAGGUCAAACCAAUCUAAUAAAGAUACACUUGGAACCCAG